AUGAGCAACCACGGCGACUAUGAGGCGGUCCGCAGGGACAUCGUCGCUCAGCUUCAGAAGCCCGGAUACGAUGAUGGAAGUGCAGGCCCGGUGUUUGUGCGUUUAGCAUGGCACUCCUCCGGUACCUAUGACCUCGACUCCGAUACGGGCGGUUCAAAUGGCGCUGGCAUGCGCUAUGAAGCAGAGGGUGGCGACCCGGCUAACGCGGGUCUGCAACACGGCCGAGCAUUCUUGGAGCCAGUGAAGGAGAAGCACCCGUGGAUCACAUACUCAGAUCUGUGGACAUUGUCAGGCGUUGUCGCAAUCAAGGAGCUGGGAGGACCAGAUAUUCCGUGGCAAGGCGGCCGAACCGAUCUCGUUGACGACUCCAAGGUGCCACCUCGGGGAAGGUUACCGGACGGUGCCUUGGGCGCCGACCACUUGCGAUUUAUCUUCUAUCGCAUGGGCUUCAACGACCAGGAGAUUGUUGCGCUCGCCGGUGGUCACAACCUGGGCCGAUGCCACGGCGACCGCAGUGGAUUCGAGGGACCGUGGGUAACGAAUCCCACACGGUUCUCCAACUCGUUCUUCAAGUUGCUCCUGUCGUUGGACUGGAAGCCUCGUACCCUGUCAACGGGUAUGACACAGUUCGUGUAUGAGGACCCCGAUGCGGAGGAGGAUGAGGAGCCGCUCAUGAUGCUGCCAACCGAUAUGGCACUCAAAACGGACCCGUCAUUUGCCCCUUGGGUGCAGCGCUAUGCGAAGGACAAGGAGCUUUUCUUUGAUCACUUUGCGAAGGCAUUCGCAAAGUUGGUUGAGCUUGGCAUCCAGCGCGAUGCUCAUGGUGUCAUCACCAACACUGAUAACCAGCUUGGUGGCUAUGUCUCGGCUCCCAAGAAGAGCAAUGUGGCCACUGGCCCGACCAAGCCCAAGGGUGAACCUCGUGCUCGCUUGUAA